CCCAGAGAUCAGUUACAGCACUUUCAUAGCUAUUACAGCUAGCAAUUCCCAGUCAUUGAGACUGUCUUUUCCUUGUUCCUUGUUCUUGUUGUUCUGCGUUCCUCCGAGUGUCUGCAGCUGCCUGCUGCAUGACAGGGAAGGUCUAGCCCUGAACUCAAAUUUGUUCGACAGGUCUCAGCCCAAAUGGCUUUUGAGCGUGCAAAUUCGAUCUCGGCACGCAUAAAAGCAAUACUUCAAUCUUCAUUCCCGGCAGCAAGAAUUCCAAGCUUCAUCGGCUACGCCGCCUAUUCUGCCUGUGCUGUCCAAAUUCCGUUUCUGUGGUGCAAGAACCCUAGCGUGUGCACUCUUGCACGCUCUAAUGUGGCUGCAAACUUGAGUUGUAUCCAGAAAAUGGGGAAAUAUUGGAAAUUCGUCGCGCUUCUAGGUAUUAACAUCCAAACUCUUUAUUCUUUACACGAGACAGAACCUCCAGAGCUAGACGAUGAACCUAGGUUCUUGGAUUCAGACAGCCUACUCGGCCUGAAGCCAACCAAUCGACGUGUUCAAGCAUCAAUUCUCAGUCACAAUGAAAUAGUCUGGCAAAGUGGCGGGUCCAUGGCAGACCAUGAUGCUGAGAUAACGGAUAUGAACAUUCCUCAAGGUCCAACAAGAGGACUUGCCAAUGAAGAAACCAUGUCUAGCCUGAUCGACAGGAUCUCAGAAACCGAGGUAGCACAGAGCGCGAACCCUCAUGCAUUACGAGGCUUCGACAUUGAACCUUGGGAUGGCAUAUUAGACCCGGCGCUGAUCCAACACGGCGUUAAUUCGGAGCAAUUGUCGUCGUUUGACAAUUGGCUGAAUCAGUUCCAGGUUGACGACGAUUUUCAGCAGCAACUGAUAUAGACAUUACUCGGUGGGCUCUAGCAUAAUGUACAAUUCAUCUCUUACUAUAUCAAUGUUCAGGGGGAUAGAGAAAGUGGUCUUUUCGGACUUUCUAGAGUGCCAUUCUGUAAGGAGUGAUUGUACUGUGGGUUGCAUCUGAGCUGUACUAAAAAAGUUGAGCCCGAGUGAAG